UCAAUGGUGAGCUCCACGAUGCCAGGCCGAUGCCCUGCCCCCCAGGCCGGCCCCGGCGCUCCCGACGUGCAGAGAGCCGAGCGCCGCCCCGCAGCCCCCGCGCUCGCCUCCGCUCCGUUCCCCGCCAGGACUCGGCGAGAGCCCGAGCGGCAGCGGCGCAGGGCUCAGCCCCGGGGCGGAGCUGGCGGCGGCGGAGAGGAGGCGGCACGGCCGCAGCAGAGCCGGGGCUCAGCGGCACAGCGAGGCUCGGCCGGCGGAGCGGCGGCAUGCGGCGGGCUCGGGGCGCGGCGCUGGCCACGCUGAUGAUCGUGUCUGCGGUCAGAGCCCAAUUGGAGCAGGAGCCAUUCCUGGAGACCGUCGAGGGCAGCAGCAUCAGCAUCAAGUGCUCUCACCCCAAUAUCCAGAGGGGCGAUUUCAUUCACUGGUACCGUCAGCUGCCGGGCAAAGGGCCCGAACUCGUGGUCAUGACUGUGCAAGCGUCCAAGGAGGUGCGAUCCCCUGAAGGGCGCCUGACGGUGUCGGCAGAUCGGCGUCGGAGCGCGCUGUGGCUCGGGCGGCCCCGGCGCGGGGACGCGGCCGUGUAUUACUGCGCGCUGGGGCCACGGGCAGAGGAGCCGGGGCUGCGGCCGGGCACGAACCGCCGCGGGCGGGGCCGGGCGGGGCCAGCAGGGGGCGCUGCCGCUCCCGCUCGGCCCGGGCUGCGGCACCGGGACCGACACCGGCACCGACAAUGGACAUCGGCCCCAGAACCGGCGCCGCCACGGACACAGGCACCGGUAGCGAUACCGGUACUGGCGCCGACAACAGCGCCCACACCGGCACCAGCUCCGGCUUUCAGCCACCGACCGUGCUCAGCCCCUCUCCUCAGCCCGGGCUGCGUCCGGCUUAGCUGCUCAAGCCAUCAAACAGCCCCACCCGGCCACAGCUACAUGUGCACACUGUGAUGGUCUAUGUGAGGCAGGGCGGGCAGCAGGGUCUUUCCCAAACCGCCUUUUGCUCCUUCAGACAGGGCUCUGUACCUUCUGGGGAACGGGGCAACCUCUAGCCUGUCUGCAAAGGUGGGGCAAAGGUUCUCUUAGAAAUGCAUCAGUGAGGACACACAUUCCCACCCAGCCCAUAUCAGGCCUCUUCUCCUCUUGCCUUUGUCCUUCUCUUCCCAUGCCUGCUGGGCUGGUUUUGCCUUUUGAAAAGGCCAAGUGACAGCUCAAGGUCACUCA